CAAACGGUUCGAGCUGCUGCGUGUGUGCGGUUGUGCAGUGCGUCGCGCGCGAGUUGUAACGGUCGUUUUUACCUGCGCGUCCCGCAGGCCUGUUUUACCCUUUGAGGCUGUUCGCGCGUUUGAAUGACGAAUCUCGCGGUGCUUUACACCACACAGUGGCCUGGUAUUUUGAGAGAGCGUUGUCUUCUGUGCUAAAGAUAGACGGAACCCCAAGCCGCGGACGGACGGGGUGCGCCAGCGAUCGAGUCAGCAGCCGCCGCCAUCAUCCUGACAAGGUUCCCGCGGGACAUUCCUCGAUCCUGCAACGUCAACGUUUGUGUGUGUGUGUGUUUGUGCGAGCGCGCGUAAGGGUUGCAAUAAUCGGAAAAACACCCUAAAUACCAUCUCCCGGCCUGCACUCCUCCGCUGGAUCUUCCAAUUGUAGCGAGUUGCUACAAUUGCUCACCUCCCCCUUUCCCUCGGGCGCGCUUUUUUCAACGACCCAGCUGCGCACCCGUCGCGGGAGACGCGUCCACGAAUUCGGCUCUCGCUAGCGCGCGCCGGGAGAGACACCGACAGAAACCAGUUCGGCUCGUCGGCAGUGCUGCUGGUGUCGUGUAGUGGUGUGGUCGUCGGUCCGCACUCCACGUACAGUCGUACGGACGGUUCCCUUCGGACGGUGUGCGGCUCGCGCGGUUGCUGCGGAUGCUCUGUCGUGCUCGUCGUUGCUCCGGCAACCAGUCUACUGGUGUGUGACGUGGUGCAUUAGGGAAUUUAAUCUCGUGCCUAGAGUGGCGCAGCAGUGUGCGGCCAAAGCUUAAGUGUGUGAUGUUCAAGAGCUGAUCAAGCGUGCGCUUCGAUUAACGUGUGUGUGUUUGUGUUCCGUGCAAAUCCAUCCGUCCCAAUUUCGGUGUGCCCAAGAUAUAAUGCUGCUGCUUCCCGUGAGCGGACGUGCGAUCAUUGCGUGAAGUGCUUCGUGUACAACGACGUGUUCGGUUGUGUGUGUGUUUGCUGAGAUUCUGUCACAAUCUUCUGCUCCGAAGGCUGGGAAGAUUUGGCUUCGUGGCGCGCGGUGAAGGGAAAGGUGUUCCUGUGUAGCGAGCGGAGCAAAAAAAAAGGGCGCAUAAUUCCGGCCCCUUAAAAGUGCCGUUACCUCCCGAUCCCGCCGAACCGAUUUCCUCUCGCGUGUGUCUGUGUGUGUCUGCCUCUCGCUCUUAGUGUGAAGAAGAAUAAGAAGAAGAAGAAGCAAAACAAGAGUGUGUUUAUCUAUAUCGCAUGCUGCGUCGUUGUGUGCAUUUAGUGUCAAUUGGGUGCGUGUUUUCCUCCCAUUUUCAACAGUUUUUCCGGCCGGGAGUGUGGAAAAUUGCCGGAAAGGGGGUAAAAUUGGCGGAAGUGAUUUGCUGCGAGGCCGAAACGAAAAUUCGAAACGAAAACGCCGUGAUCAUGAAGUGAUCGGUUGCGGGUACGGUGCAUGACGCGUGGAAAUGUCAAACGUUCGCCAAGGCCACCUGUGCGAUUUGUUGAUUUGUGGAGCGUGUGUUUUUUGUUGUUGUUAUUAGUCGGAUCUGAGCCAGCGAGCAGCAACACCACGUGGUAAAGACCGGCGGCUCGGGACGCUCUGGUGUGUUUGUGACAAAGUGCUAUUUUUGGUCCCAAUUGGCUCGGAGCAGUCGUAGUACACGCAUCAUGUGCCGCCCGUUUGCGAUAGUUCUGGCCGGUUGCUGUUGUAUUGCGUGCUCAAAAGACCUGUGUACGUGAUGCGACUACUCUAAUAGGAAAGUCGCACCGAAAGCGGCUCCCAUUUUCGCACGCCCGGACGGACCGAUACAUUACAUGUUCAAUGCUAAAACACAUACAUACCGGGCCCGUAACGACGGGCCAAAAUCGCUCCAUGCGCGGUGCGACCGGCGGUGGCGGUGGUGGUGGCGGAGGCCUCGGUCGGCCCAUACCACCGCUGAACGUGUCGACCGUGUCGGCCAGCUCGGCUGCCACGAUCAACUCGACCAACACGGGCGGACCGCCGCCCCCGAUCGGCACGAAGCACAUGAACGGGGGCCCCCCGGGACGGACGCUGCUGUCGUCCUCCUUCAUGUCGCCCUCGACCGGCAAUGGAACCGGCAACAACAACAACAACAACAACACCAACACGAGCAACAACAACAUCCUGCACAACGCGUCCGCCCUCAGCGGGCUGUCGGUUGCGCUCGGCAACGGAGCGAUCGGUGGAGUUGGUGCAGGAGGCGGAGGAGGAGGCGGGGGUGCGAUGGGACUGGCCGGCUUUAAUCACAACAACUCGACGACGAACAACAACAUCCUCAGCAGCACGAUCAACAUGAACAAGGACCGGUUAGGGGCGAGGGAAGCGCUGACCAGCCUCGGGUUGCUGUGUUUAGUGUCGCUGCUGCUUGCGCUGCUGUCGUUGAUAUUUCUGCUGAAAAUUUCCCCCGGCGGUCGGGACCCACCGCCACCCACCAUCGGUCCGGCCGUCCUGGAGGAUUACGCCAUCGUGUACGACGUGACGCUGGCCCUGUGCGCCCUGUCGCUGUCGUUGAACCUGUGCUGCCUGCUGGUCUGUGCCAUUCAGUUCCUGUUCGCCGUCAAGCUGGUCCGCGCACCUGCCACGACCGGAAGGGGCAAUAAGUACUUACAAAAGUCCAGCGUGAGUCGCGUGUGUGCCGUUGGUGGAUUUUUUAUUUCGAUACCAAUCUUUCUGACCGGUAUCAUCCUGUACACUUUCACCCAGUUCCACUCGACACCGGCCAUCGUGACGAGCAUACUGAUCGGCGUUGGGAUUGUGUUUUGCGGUGGCGCAAUGGUGCACAACGUGUUCGUCUGGCAGCGGGAAAAGACCAUCAGCGUCCGGCAGACGCCGCUCAACCUCAACCUUACCCUGUCGCCGCAGAUCAGCACGAUAUCGACGGCGGCGGCGGCAGCGGCCGCGGCCCACCAGUACCAGAACGGGCACGCUUCCGGUGCCCAUCAUCACAUCAGCCUGAACCACGUGUACAGCAACCACAACCACACGCCGCUCACACACAACUCGCAGGCGAGUCACACGACACCGAUCACGCAGCUAACGCCGGUAACGCCCCUGUCCGGGAAUCACUCGCACAUCAGCUUCAACCAUUCCUACGUGCCGCCACCGUACGCGGGUGUCCGGGCGGCUACGGCCACCCCGCCAACGCCGAAGGUCAUCGGUGCGCUGCUAAAUCGGGACGCGUCCGGUUCGGUCAGUCCCGGCAUGCCGGGCAGUGGAGCGAACAACAACAACAACAAUCUCGACAUGAGCAACGUAACGACUGCCAACUCACCGCACGAACUGUCGACGCUGGUUUGAGCGUAUGAGCCCACUGUACCAGGAAGAGAUCACGACCCACGACGGAGCCACAGGAAACACUGAGCGUGUCGACGCUUUUGCGAUACGUUUAGUGCAUUGUAAAUGCAUCCGGCGUUCCCCGCCACCGGGAAGGAGCUAGUUCGAUGUUGGAUAUUUCUGUACCGAAAUAUCUGUACUAUCGAAGCGGAACUAAUUCCGAUGGAAUAAGCAAGAAAGCAAUACAGUCGAAGCAACCUUUCCACGCGCUGGAACGGGUUCGUUCAACGGAUUGUCCAUCGAAAUCCGAGAUUAGUUGAGAUUAUUUUACUGCUACUGCUGAUGGAUGAUGCUGGGCAGAAAUUUGUACAAAUAUUGUUUGCCUCAAUUAACUUUUUUUAAACUAUGCGUAAGACACGAGAGUAGCAUGCAGGCAGAUACUGCUAGGGUUUUAAUAGAUAGUGCCCGUAUGCUCGUACGGUCGAGCAUCGAGCGGUAGACGUUUAAUGAAGAGUAUUUAUUGUAGCUGUGCUUAGUUAGUUGAAGUGCAUGGAAUGUGCAACCUACAGUACUGGCGCGACAGACACUAAGCGCGGUUGCGCAGGUGUGCAUGUGUACCUUGAAAACAUUUUUAAACUCGGUUUUGUGUCGAGGAAAAGGAUUAAAAUUUUUACUAUACGUUAAGUAAUUCCGAAACGAUGCAGCGAAUUUUAAAAGAUAUUGUAAGUUUUAGAUAGUGCAGCACCUGCAGAAUAUUAAUGUUGUUUUACGCCGCGAAGGCAGGGCAGUAGGCGAGUAUGUUAUUUUUUUAUGGAAUAUUAAUACAAACUGCAUCAAUCGAUCGACGA